AUGUUCACUUCAGAGAAAGGGGUUGUGGAGGAAUGGUUGUCGGAGUUUAAGACACUACCGGAAACAUCCUUACCAAAUUAUGCUACAAAUUUGAAGGAAAAGAGUUCUUUAGUUUCAUCUCUCUAUAAAGUUAUCCAGGAGCCACAAAGCGAGUUGUUGGAACCUGUCUGUCACCAGCUCUUUGAAUUCUAUCGCAGUGGAGAGGAGCAGUUGCUUCGAUUUACGCUGCAGUUUCUUCCAGAACUGAUUUGGUGCUACCUCGCCAUCUCCGCCAGCAGAAAUGUGCACAGCAGUGGAUGCAUUGAAGCUCUUCUUCUAGGGGUUUACAAUUUGGAAAUAGUUGACAAACAGGGACAUAGUAAAGUAUUGAGUUUUACGAUUCCAUCUUUAUCCAAACCAUCUGUAUAUCAUGAACCUUCCAGCAUUGGGUCCAUGGCUCUGACGGAGAGUGCCCUAUCCCAGCAUGGUUUGUCAAAAGUUGUGUACAGUGGACCUCACCCCCAAAGAGAGAUGCUGACAGCACAGAAUAGGUUUGAAGUGUUGACAUUCCUUCUGUUGUGUUACAAUGCUGCCUUAACCUAUAUGCCCCGUGUUUCUCUUCAAUCACUGUGUCAAAUUUGCUCAAGAAUCUGUGUUUGUGGUUAUCCUCGACAACAAGUAAGAAAAUACAAAGGUAUAAGUAGCAGGGUACCAGUUUCUUCAGGAUUCAUGGUGCAGAUGUUAACAGGAAUUUAUUUUGCCUUUUACAAUGGAGAAUGGGAUCUAGCUCAAAAAGCAUUGGAUGAUAUUAUAUACAGAGCCCAGCUAGAAUUAUAUCCAGAGCCAUUGCUGGUUGCCAAUGCAAUACAAGCUUCAUUGCCUCACGGUGCCAUGAGAUCUAGUAAGGAGGGUACAAGGUGUAUUCAAGUUGAGAUCACACCAACUUCCUCUAGAAUAUCAAGAAAUGCAGUAACCAGCAUGUCAAUAAGAGGUCACAGGUGGAAAAGACACGGAGAUACAGAAUUAACAGGUCAAGAAGAACUGAUGGAUAUAUCCGAAGUUGACGAGGGAUUUUAUUCCAGGGCUGCCUCUAGUACCAGCCAGUCGGGUUUAUCAAACAUUAGUCAAAAUUGUAGUAACAAGACAAGUACAGGAAAGACUCAGAGACGGUCAGGAGGAAACAAAACUGGAGGAAAAGAGAAAGAAACUACAGGGGAGUCUUGCAAAGAUCACUUUGUUCGGAAACAAACGCAGAGAGCCCAAAGUGAGAAUCUCGAGCUUCUCUCCUUGAAGAGACUUACACUGACAACCAGCCAAUCUCUGCCUAAACCUUGUAGUCAUGGUUUGGCUAAGACUGCCACCAGUGUUUUCAGUAAAUCCUUUGAACAAGUCAGUGGGGUCUCAGCCCCGCAUAACCCGUCAUCUGCUGUCGGCUGUGGGGCUGGGACAGAUGCCAAUAGGUUUUCUGCUUGUAGUCUCCAAGAAGAAAAGCUGAUAUACACUUCUGAAAGGACUGAACUUCCAGUGAAGCAUCAGGCAGGUCAGCAGAGACCUCCUAGUAUUAGCAUUACUUUGUCCACAGAUUAA